UUACUUCCCUUAGGUCAUAAAAUGUCAUGGCGGAGAGAGUCGACUUCCGUGACGAGAUGAAAAUAAACCACAGAAAGUGACAGAGAGUAUGACUGAGAGAAAAUUUAGGCAGGUCCUCCAACGGCAGGGCGAGGCUGCAAAGAUCCGACAGUCGGUGGCCUUGCAGAUGAGAGAGAACAUCAUUUUGGCCAGACCAAAACAGGUGGACCCCGUUGACUAUGAGACUUAUAUUGCCAAGAAUAAGAGUAUUCUUCACAAUGACCCCCAGAGGGAGAUGCUUACAUUCCCUUAUGACGACAUCAUCAUUCCGCCCCCAAAUCCUCCUAAAAGGAUGCGAACACUGUACUCAACUGUUCCUGAUGCAGCAUUGGAUGAAGCCAAAGAUUUGUUGCUUCGACAGUGUAUAAAAUCGUACACAGACAGUUGUCAUAUUGUCAGGUUCAAGUACAGUGCAUAUGCUGGACGAUAUGAGAAACUCCCCAAUAUCAAGAAUACAGACCCUCUACCACAGCACACAUUUGAGAUUGAUGCUGAACCAGAAGAAAGGGGUGAUGAGGACACAAGGAGUUUGACGGCCAGGAUCCAGAAAACAGGCUGGCUAUAUAAAGGUCCAGACGGAGGCAAAGAAAACAUCAUUAGUUUUACAAGGCAAUUCAAGAAGAGAUAUUUUAUACUGAAACAAGAGACGGACUUCACGUACAGUUUACAGUUCUACAAAGAUGAGAGAAAAACAGAUGCUAAAGGAGCCAUAUUUCUGGACUUGGCAACUGAGGCUAGACCAAACUCUAAAAGAGGGAAACACUGUUUUGAAGUCGUCCUCACCAAUGAUCGCCCACCUUAUGUGUUUGCUGCUGAAUCUGAGGCAGAAUUGAAUGAUUGGAUCAGAGUAUUGAACAAAGCUAUAAAUGCUGCCGAAACAGCAUCUAAUGUCUCUAUGGAAAGGAUCAGAGAGGAAGUUCAAACUCCUGAAAAGUCUGGAGAAAAACCAGAAAUUAGCAUGCACCCAGAGCUAGCUAAGUACAACAGAGAAAGUGAUCAUAUGUUAACGAAAGCUCGAGAAGAAAACAGGCACAAUCUUUUCCGAGUUUAUCCCGGCAUUAGGUUCCAUUUUGAUGAAGAUGAUGAAGAGGAAGAUGAAAAUCAAGAGGAUAUUGAGGUAUUCCCUGCCACAAUCUGUGACAACUACAUGAUGAGGCUGGUGGACUUUAAGCUUAAAACACAGGUCAAUCUGGCAGAGGAGGGAUUUGGUCAGAAGUUUGCAAAUCCUGAGCCCUUCUUUCUGAGUUUUGCUUUGUAUGAUGCCAAAGAAGGAAAGAAGAUCUCUGAGGAUUUUUACAUAGACCCCAAUGAAAAGGAAAUAAGACAAAUGGUUCCUGAUGAGGUCUUGUUAGCCUCAGACAAAUUACACUCUAUAGAGGGCAGAAAUACUACACCAGAUCUUCAUGACUUAUCAGAGGAAUGGCUGCUUAAAAAAGACAGACAUGCUGUGUUCUCAGUGACCUCCUGCCAUGCUGAGGUGUACUUGUUUGUGAGAAUAGAGAAAGUACUCCAAGGCUCCUUAUCUCAGGCCUGUGAUCAGUACUUAAAAGCUCCCUCUGGAAACAAAGUCUACAAACAGAUGAGGCAGUUCUGUUCCCAAAUCGGUCAUCACAGAAUGCCAUUUGGAUGGGCUGCAAGACAAUUGAUCAUUGAGACAAAUGGUCCAGCAGAAUUAAAAGUUUACAGACAAGAUGCCUCAAAGUUUUCAGAACAGGAAGUUAUCAAAGUUCUCCAAGACUUAAAAAAGCCUGAAAAACAAGGAAAACUUCAAGAGAUUCCAGGUUGCCUAAAAAUUACAAUUCACAAAACCAAUCCAGAUCAACCUUUACAAAAUACAUUGACUUCAUCUUUAGUGCCAAUUAAACCAUUUCCCAUUCCCCCACCAGACCCCCCUGCUAUAGAAGUGGAACAGUUUGUCCUAGAUCGGGCCUCAUUCUGUGAUACAUUUGAUUCUUAUGUCAAUCAUCUUUAUGUUUAUCCCAUCAACCUUAGAUAUGAACACCAAAAAUCAUUCACAAAGGCAAGAAAUAUUGCAUGUUGUGUAGAGAUCAGAGAUUCAGAUGAUGAUAAUGCCAUUCCAUUGAAGCGUAUCUAUGCUCGCCCAGAAGUAGGUGUGUUCACUACUGUCGCUAGUGCCACAGUUCUACAUCAUAACACUUCACCAGACUUCUUAGAAGAGGUGAAGAUUGCUCUUCCUAUACAGUUGCAUGAUAAACAUCAUAUAUUAUUCCGGUUCUAUCAUGUUAGUUGUGAAGGCUCAAAGUCUAAUCGUAGUUCAGCAUCUUCCAUAAAAAAACGAGACAAUAUAGAAACACCUGUUGGAUUUGCUUGGCUUCCUCUUCUGUCCCAGGGCAGAGUAUCAGUAGGGGAACAGAGUAUACAAGUGGCAGCGUGUACAUCAUUACCUAAAGACUACCUCUGUGCCAGAUCUCCAGAUAGAUCAACUCCAGCACCAGAUAUCAAAUGGGUGGAUAAUGGCAAGCCAAUCUUUAAAGUCAAGGUCCACCUACAAUCAACCGUGUACACAAAGGAUCAGCAUUUACACAACUUUUUUUACCACUGCCAAAAGAUAGAAAAUGCAUUAAUGCCUGGAACAGAUGUGGAUAGCUUAAAUAAAAUUAAGCUUGACAAGCCUACCAUGGAUUUGGAGAAAACCUUUCUAUCAAAUUCAGUCAAGUCUCUUCACGCUGUUGAUGUACUGACCUAUGUCCAGUUCUUGCCGACCGUGUUAAAUCAGCUGUUUUCCCUCCUUGUCAAGACUAUCAGUGACGAUGUGGCCCUCAAUGCUGUCAAAGUUUUAAUCCACAUUGUCACAGAGGUGUCUCUAGCUGAUAAACAAGAUGCUCUUAAAAGUUAUGUCAAGUAUGUGUUCAACCCUGACCCAAUUCCUAAAGGCAGUCAAAAUGUCCACACUGUGCAUGAGGAGCUUGCCAAAAACCUGACCACUAUCCUCCGACCAGCCAAUGCUGACAAUGUAGUGGUCUGCAAGUUCCUCAAGUAUUCCUGGUUUUUCUUUGAGAUCCUCAUCAAGAGCAUGGCUCUUUACCUCAUAGGCACAGACAGAAUCAAGAUGCCCAGGAAUGAGAGAUUUACAUCAGAUUAUCAGUUCAGAAUACAAAACCUGCUUCAAACACUGACUCCAAAUAUCAUCCAGAAACAAAGAGAAAUGCCACGAGAGACAAAGAUGGCUAAUCAAAGUUUAGCUAAGUUUGUGAAGAGUUGUUUUACAUUGAUGGAUAGAGGAUUUGUGUUUAAGAAUAUUGCAGCCUAUAUUGAACAGUUUGGACCAGGAGAUUCCAAGUCAUUGUAUGAUCUGAAAUUUGAGUUUUUAUGUGAGGUUUGUUCACAUGAGCACUAUAUCCCCCUCUGUCUUCCAAUCAUGAGGAAAGGCAUGAUCAAAUCCUUCAAAGAGAUCAAAUUAGAAGAUCUGAAAUGUGACUACACACUGUCAGAGGAGUUCCGAAAGCACCAUUAUCUGGUAGGACUACUUAUACAGGAAGUUAAGAUGUGUAUGAAUGAGCCAAAGGAAGUCCGAAGGCAUGCCAUCCACUUACUAAGGAAUCAGAUUGCCAAACAUUCCUUUGAUGACAGAUAUACAUCCAAGACACUACAAGGGAGGAUUGCUGCUCUGUACCUACCUCUAAUAUCCAUAUUGAUGGACCACAAACACCACCUGGUGGAUGACCCAGCUGCCCCACCCCCUCCACAGGCCCCUACCAUAGUUGUGAAUGGGGAUGUUCAGUCUGUCAAACAAGAAAGCAGACCCAGAACCCCUCAGAUGCCUCAGAAGUCUGUAACAUUUGAUGCUCCCACAACACAGAGGGAGUCUAAAGUGUUUGCUAUGAUAGCUGGACAUGGUGCACCUCUACAGAGCCUGUCGGAAAUGAAAGCCCAGAUGAUGAAUGGAUCAGCUGGUUCCCUGUCCCGAACAAACAGUACUUCUUCUGUUGAUAAAACUGAAGGCAAAACCCCUGAGAAAGUUCAUAGGAGGGUAUCCUCCAACCAGAACAUCAAGGACUCAGCCUCUGACGUAUCAGGAGCCCCCAAACCCUCACAGAUCCUGAUGAAGUACCAGAAACUGGACAUUAUGGAGGUCAAAGACUUGUUACUGUGCUUCCUCCAUGUCAUCAAGUACCUGCCAGAAGAUAUCCUUCUUGGUUGGUUUCAUAACUCUUCAGAGUUUGAUAUCAUUGAUUUCUUUAGCAUACUAGAGGUGUGCUUAAAGAAUUUCCAAUACCAGGGAAGAAAGAAAAUUGUUGACUUAAGUGUGAUAGGGGACAGUACAAAAGCCUCUACAAUGCCAAUGAAUAGAAGAUCUGUUCCUAGUUUGACCCCUCGGUCACACAGUCAGUAUGAGGGCAUGGGAGAACCAGGGCAUGCAUCCACCCCAUCAGAAGGCAAUGCUGUGAUGAAGGCAUUACAGGAAGCUAAUAUGUCUACAGAAGUGGGACUGGUCGUGUUAGAUGUCUUAACCUUAUACACACAGACAUUUAAGCGUAACUUGGAACACAAAGAUGGGGACAACAGUCUGAUGAGGAAGGUGUUCAGCUUGUAUCUUAACUUCCUACAGACCAGUCAGUCUGAAUCUCUACAGAAACAUGUCUUUGCUUCCUGGAGGUCCUUUAUUAAAAAGUUUCAACCAGUUUUAUUCAAAGGAAAUGCUUCCCUCUGUGGAGAACUUUGCUAUGAGAUUUUGAGGUGCUGUAACUCUAAGCUACAAUCCACAAGGAAAGAAGCCUGUGCUCUACUUUAUCUGCUGAUGAGAAACAACUUUGAAUUCACCAAGAAAAAGAAUUUUACCAGAGUCCAUCUACAGGUGAUAAUCUCAGUAUCCCAGCUGAUCGGUGGUGUAGUAGAACUCAGUAACUCCCGAUUCACGGACAGUCUGGCUAUGAUCAACAGCUAUGCUGCUAGUGACAAGGCAAUGCAGCCUUUAAGUCCGUUUGCUAGUCUGGUCGGGGGAGUCUAUAGGCACCACACUGAGAAAAGUGGAUUCCCAUUAGAAGUUAAAGAUUUAACGAAGCGGAUCCGGACGGUUCUCAUGGCAACAGCUCAAAUGAAGGAACAUGAGAAUGACCCUGAGAUGUUGAUUGACCUUCAGUACAGCCUUGCCAAGUCCUACGCCACCACGCCAGAGCUUAGGAAGACCUGGCUAGAGUCUAUGGCUAAAAUCCAUUGUAAAAACUGCAACUACUCAGAGGAAGCCCACUGCUUUAUCCAUAUUGCUGCCUUAGUUGCUGAAUACCUGAAAAAGAGAGAAUGUUUCCCCCAGGGUUGUACAGCCUUUUCUGGGAUUUCCCCCAAUGUGGAGGGGGAUGAAUCUGGAAUUAAGGAUGACUCAGGGAUGCAGGAUGUGCAAUAUACAGAGGACACAAUGGUGGAAUACUUGGAGAAGGCCUGCAGAUCUAUGGAGCUGGCAGAAAGAUAUGAAAUCCUGGGAGACAUUUAUAAGCUGAUCAUUCCUAUAUAUGAAUACUCAAGAGACUUUGAUAAACUGGCCAGUUCCUAUGACAGCCUGUCCAAGGCCUACACAAAGGUGGUGGAUGUUACUGCCUCGGGGAAGAGGCUGCUGGGAAAAUAUUUCCGUAUUGCUUUCUUUGGGUCCUCAUUCUUUGUUGAGGAAGAUGGUAAGGAAUACAUCUACAAGGAACCAAAGGUAACAAGUCUACCAGAGAUCUGUGAGAGACUUAAAACCAUGUACAGUGAAAAGUACGGAAAAGACACAGUCAAACUCAUCAUGGAUUCUAAUAAGGUAAACCCAUCUGAGUUGGACCAGAAGUUUGCCUACAUACAAGUCACCCAUGUGACACCUUACUUUGAGGAGAAGGAGCUACAGAAGAGAAUUACAGAGUUUGAGAGGAACAAUAACAUCAAGAGAUUUAUGUUUGAGACACCAUUCACAAAGGCAGGCAAAGCUAGGGGAGAGAUCCAUGAGCAGUGUAAACGUAGAACCAUUCUGCUAACAUCCCACAGUUUUCCCUACAUGAAGAAGAGGAUAGAAGUUGUGAAGAAGACAGAUACAGUCCUACAGCCAAUAGAGGUGGCUAUUGAUGAGAUGCAGAGUAAAGUGGUGGAUAUCAGGGAGGUGGUUAAUCUGUCACGACCAGAUCUCAAAAAACUGCAGCUCAGGCUUCAGGGAUCUGUCAGUGCUCAGGUAAAUGCAGGUCCAAUGGCAUAUGCUCAAGCAUUCCUGACCAAAGAGAAAAUAAACAAAUUCCCAUUGGACAAGACAGACACCCUUAAAGCAAUUUUCAAAGACUUUGUUUAUGUGUGUUCUGAUGCUUUGGAAUUGAAUGGUACACUGAUAACAACAGAACAGAAGGAGUACCAUGAGUCUCUGUCUGCAGGUUACCAGGAAAUCGUGGAUAAACUCUCCGACAUGUUUGGAGAAAAGAUUUUUUCUGGAGAGCAGGGAUUCACACCACGAGGGUCAACUGUGUUCAACAUUGUCAGUGCCACCUCUGAUGUUAGUUCAGCGUAGUACCACCUGAUGUAAGCAGAUCUGAUAUUAACCUCUCCAAAGAGCUGACUCAAGACCACCCCCUCUGAUGUUGGCUCAUUAUUGUAUCAUCCUGAUCUUAGCUGAUCUUAGAUCCACCAUUGUGAGCUUGUCACUGGACCAGAAUAGAGAAUGGCCUUAUUUGACUGAAACAAGGUUCCCACAAAGAAAGCUCACAGAACAUUGCUUUGCAAUCAGUGCUUGGGUUUUCCAUGCAAAUUUGCACUCAAAACUUUAGGUAAAUGAAAAGCAUAUCAUUUUUGUUGGUUUGCAAUGAAUACAGUUUAUCUGAUUUUUUUUUCUUCCUAUGUGGACAGUAACUUUUCUGUUUAUAUCAGUUAAACUAGGAGAUGAUGUGCUAUUUGGAAGAUGUACUUGAUCUUUUGCAGCCUGCUAUUGAAUUUUAAAUGUUAGUAGUUGUAAACCAGUGUGCUUGAUUUUUUGUACCGGUAACGUAUUUAGUUUUUAUGUACGGUAUAUUUCUCCAACACUGUUAUACAUAUGAGUGAAGAACUUAGGUUUUGUUAUAAUUUGCUUAAGUAUAUUUGUUUCAUAUUUUUCUGUGUACAUUCAUUUAAUAUUUUAUGAUGAUUUCCUAUGCAAUUGUUAAAUAUGCACUUUAAUUUUCACUUCGUGAGAGGCUUGUAGAAUGCUUUUAGCUGACAUUGACUUAAUUAAUUAUCGGGGUAAAACACUCAUUUUACAAAUAUAAUAUAGAUAAAAUAUUUAUAUAGCCAUAUAUCAGAAAACAUCAGUUGCACAUCAAAUGUCUUUAAAGAACAAAUGUGUCAGAAGAGCACAUUUAUUUCCAUACCUGCCAUUAUUGAACAAAAAGAAGAACAUGAAUAUUUCAUUGAGUAACUUCAGGAUUGCUCAGUAAAAUUCUUAUCAAUGCUACAUUUUCAUUUGGGAUACAUUAUGACCUAUGUUUUGGGAAGUACAUGUAUAUGUAAUCCUUUUUUUUUUAACUGUUGCAAUAUAAACAUUCCCUCUUUAAAAUGGUUUUGGGUAUUUAUCAUCUUAUAUCAAAAGAUAAAUUAGCAUUUAUAAAAAAAAUCCAAGUAAAGAUGUAAAUUUUGUAGUCUGUUCAAUGAAUCAACAGAACAGUAUUUUGAAUGCUCCAUUUAUUCUGGUAAAAAUUUCUAGCCAAAGGUUUGAUCUUUAGGAGUGCAUUAAGUAUUAUUUCACCAAUUCUGCUUUGAAAUGAGCAAUUUCUUCACACAUUACUGAUCAAACAUCUUUACUAGCUCAUCCUUUUAAAAAGAAUAGAUCAUUCGUUUGCAUGUGAUAACAAUUUACGACUGCGUUUAUGGGAUUACUGGCGUGAAGUUUGUCACUAUAUAGUUAGGAGCAUUCUUUUUGCAGGUUACAUAAUUAUACUUUUAGGUGUGGCUUUAGUAGGAAGGGUUCUGUGUAUUAUUUUUUAUAGCUGGCAGUUAAAACAAAGUCAGCACUGGUUGACUCGGUCAUGAUCAGUUAAAAUUACAUAAUGCAAUAUACCUAUUUCCUCAAUAAUCUUACAGAAUUAAAAUUACUGCUACAUGAAUGAAAAGUUGGAUACAUUAUAAUGAGAGGCUUAAAGAGAAGUAUUGAUAACUUACACAGGGAAUUUUAUUUGUGUAUUGACAGAGAAUAUCAUUGUAUAUAAUCAGGUUUGGGUAUUUUAUGGGGUAAUAUAAGCUGUAGGGUUUAUGUACUUUACAGCGUCAUUAAUUUUAGAUUCAUUUUACCACCUUAUCUCUUUGUAGAAUCUCCAAAUCUAUUGAUGUUUAUUUCCUGUAAUUAUUUAUUAUUAAAUGGUUAAAAUGAAGCAGUUUAAUGCAAGCCCACAAUUUGUUCAGUAGUGUUGUAGGAAGUAUGAGACUAUAAUGCAUAUUGAAGGAUGAUCUGUAGAUUUAUGUUGAUAUAAUGUCAUUUAAUCUGUGUUGACUGUGAUAUUUGUGAUAAUAAUUUUAUUAUUAUUAUAAUUAUUAUAUUUGCUUUAUGCGGGCAGUGUAUCACAUUCUCAAUUAAUAUUAUGUUACUAUAUGUACUUUAUGAAAAACACUUAAUCAAGUAAAAUCAUGAAACUCC